AUGGCUAACCGUGUUACAUACAGACGCCGUCUUUCGUACAACACAAAGUCAAACAAGACUAGAAUCGUCAAGACUCCAGGAGGACGAUUGGUUAUUCAAUACAUCAAGAAACGCGGACAAAUCCCAGUCUGCAAGGAUACCGGAGUCAAGCUCCACGGAGUGAGUUUUUACUACUUUAUUUGAAUGAAAUACAUGGAAAAAAUUGAAGUUCAUAGAAGAUUCCUCUGAAUUUUGUCAAAAUUAAUUUGAAGUUCGGUAAGAUUACGGUUUUUUCUCACAAAUUCAAUCUUCAAAUCUGAUCUCGAAAAUUUUCAAUUUCCAAAUUCAAAAUUGUUUUUUUUUCAGAUCACCCCAGCCCGUCCACGUGCUUUGACUCUCCUCAAGAAGAACCAAAGAACCGUCAGCCGCGCCUACGGAGGAUGUUUGUCGCCAAACGCCGUCAAGGAACGCAUCACCCGUGCCUUCCUCGUCGAAGAACAAAAGAUCGUCAACAAGGUUAUCAAGCGCCAAAAGGAAUAA